GGAUCCUGGACGUGGACCUGUGUGGCCCCAGCAUUCCCCGCAUGUUCCGGGUGCAAGAUAACGACGUGCACCAGUGUGACAGCGGCUGGGUCCCCGUCUUUGUGGACCAAGACAAAAGCAUCUCGCUCAUGUCCAUCGGCUUCCUGCUGGAGAAGCCAGAUGAUGCCGUGGUGUGGAGAGGACCCAAGAAAAACGCUUUGAUCAAACAAUUUGUUGCUGACGUGGCCUGGGGGGACCUGGACUUCCUCAUCGUGGACACGCCACCAGGCACAUCCGACGAGCACAUCUCCACGGUGGAGGCCUUGAGGCCCUACAAGCCCCUUGGAGCAAUCCUGGUCACGACGCCCCAGGCUGUGUCUGUGGGAGAUGUGAGGCGAGAGCUGACCUUCUGCAAGAAGACAGGCCUACGAGUGCUCGGCAUCGUGGAGAACAUGAGUGGCUUCGUCUGCCCACACUGCGCCGAGUGCACAAACAUCUUCUCCAAAGGGGGAGGUGAGGAGCUGGCCAAGCACGCCGGGGUCCCCUUCCUAGGCUGUGUUCCCCUGGACCCCCAACUCAGCCAGAGCUUGGAGGAAGGCCGAGACUUCAUCCAAGAGUUUCCCAAGAGCUCUGCCUUCCCCGCCUUGGCUCGCAUCGCCCAGCAGAUCUUGGAUGGUACGGCGCAGCGGAGCUCCUGAGGAGGGGAUGGAGCUGGACUCUUGCUGGCAGAGCCCCUUCCCCGUGCCGGUGGGGAAAGAGGUGGGACAGAAUCUGUUUGACUAUAAAACUUAGUGGGGGGUGAUGGAGCGAGGGGUACGAAAAGGGAACCACUCUCCAUCCCCCCAGAUCUGAGGAGACCCUGUGUGGGUGCUCCAGCUGGUGCAGCAGCAGCCUCCUUCUUGCCUUCCCCACGUGGUGACGCUCUGCCCAGAUGGUACAGUUGUUCCUCCACCUCCAGCCCUUGUGCUGUGGGUACUUCGGGAGCUCCAGCUUGUGUCCAUGGUGCCUCAGAUGCUGCGGUGCUUCUGGCCAUCACCCAACAUGAGCACCAUGGGCUCUUCUUCCCUCACUCAACCCGAACGGGGCCCAUCAUCUGCCUCGUGGCUGCGGGUGCUGCUGCCUUCUCCUGCUGCUUGUCUGGCGUGGCACCUUCUAUGGUACUUGGUUUGGUGGCCGGAGAGUCGGCGCUGGGUGCUCUGCUGUGAACCCUCUUGGCUCGCUGGUUCCUGCCCAGCGUGUGCUUCCCCUGAGAGAAUGUCCUUAGGAGAUUUGUCACCCCUCGGAGCUCCGCAUCCCGCCGCGCUGCGAGCGAGGCCUUUCCGGUUUGCUGGGGGUUGUUGUAACUCAGGAAUGUUUUUCAAAGUUCCAGGCAGUAAACACUUUUCUUAAAAUCCAA